AUGGAAGAUUUGGCUCGAAAGUUGGGUUUUAACAGGAUUAAUUGUGUUGGUGAAAGAGGUCUAGCGGGUGGUUCUUGUUUGAUGUGGAACAACAACAUUAAUAUUGUUGUCAAUUACUUUGCUGAAGGAUUUUUUGAAGCAACUGUGUGGGACAUUCAUACGCAACUCAAUUGGAAACUUUAUGCAGUAUAUGGAGACUUGAACUGCAUCAGUAACCAAGAGGAGAAGAGUGGGGGUCGGAGAGUAACUGCAAAUGACACAAAAUGGCUAAGUAAUUUCAUGGAAGCUACAGGUGGUGUGGACUUGCAAUUCAUUGGCAAUAAAUAUACUUGGCAAAACAAUAGGUUCUCAGGAGGCCUAAUUCGUGAAAGACUUGAUAGAGCCAUUUGUUCUCCGGAUUGGUUGAUGGAGUAUGCCUCUAAUGGGAUUCGAAAUAUGCCUAUUUCAAUCUCAGAUCAUGCCCCAAUCAUCCUUGACACACACUUAUUUGCCUCUAGAGGAUUUAUUCCAUUCCGCUUUUUCGAGGCUUGGUCCUGGGAGGAUUCAUGCAAGAAGGAAGUUGCCAUGGCUUGGUCCUCAAAUGGUAAUGAUACUGUGUCCUUUAUCAGAAAUAUUGAUAAGUCAAAAAUGGCGAUCCAGGCCUGGAAGAAGAAACACAAGAGUUUGAAUGAAGGAGAAAUAAAAGAAAUGGAGUUCAGAUUACAAUGGAUCCAGAAUCAACCUAUUUCUGAUUUGCUCAAAGAAGAGGAAGCCCGAAUUCAAACUCUGAUUUCAGAUUGUUGGUCAAAACUAGAGAGCAUGUGGAGACAAAAAUCAAGGGAGACUUGGCUUUCCUUGGGAGACAAAAACACAAGAUUUUUUCACGCUGCAACAAUCAUAAGGAAAAGAAGAAAUAGUAUUUGGUCAAUCAAGGAUAAAGACGGGAGAGUGUGGAAGGACAGAAAACACAUUGCGGAGGUCAUCAAUAUGCACUUCCAGGAGCUUUUCACUUCCUCUAAUCCUAUGAUCAAUGGGGAAUUUGACGACUUGUUUACUACUCGGAUCGAUUCACUUUCGAAUGAAUGCUUUGCUGCUUCACCCUCAGAGGCAGAAAUUAGAGAAGCUGUAUUUAGUUUACACCCUCUAAAAGCCCCGGGGCCGGAUGGGUUCUCGGGAGUUUUUAUCGCAGAUAUUGGGAGUUAG